AGUUUCGUCUGGUAUACACUGCACAGUUAGUAGGUUAGAUUAUAAACGCUAAAAUUGUUGCCUGGGUUCUCUGCUUGUGUGGCGAAUCGGGAACAAAGACCCGAUCAUCAUGGCAGAAAACAUUAUCAUCCGUGUGCAGUCUCCUGAGGGCAUGAAAAAGAUCACGUCGACCAAACGGGAGACGGCAGCAGCGUUUCUCAAAAAGGUCGCUAAAGAGUUUGGCUUCAGCUCUAACGGAUUCUCCGUCUACCUGAACCGCAACAAGACAGGAGAGAUCUUGUCCCAGAACAAGACCCUGAGUCUGCUCAAGAUCAAGCAUGGCGACAUGCUCUUCCUCUUCCCAUCCUCCACGAGCAUGUCCAGCGGGGAGAUCAUGGACACAGCCCUACCUCACUCUUCCUCCUCCUCGCUCCCCUCCACUUCCUCAUCCUCCUCAUCAUCCAUGUCAUCGUCCUUGUCUCGCUCUCACUCGGCUCCUCUGAUCCCUGAGGACGAGAUCGACCAGUACCUGGCCAAACAAGACGGCAAGAUCUACAGGAGCAGAGACCCCCAGCUGUGUCGACAUGGAACCAUGGGGAAGUGUGUCCACUGUGUACCGUUAGAGCCUUUUGAUGAAGAUUACCUGAACCAUCUUGACCCUCCAGUCAAACACAUGUCUUUCCACGCCUACAUCCGCAAACUCACGGGCGGAGCCGACAAAGGCAAAUUUGUGGCCCUGGAGAACAUCAGCUGUAAGAUCAAAUCCGGGUGUGAGGGCCAUCCACCAUGGCCAGAGGGCAUUUGUACCAAAUGCCAACCAAGUGCCAUCACCCUCAACAGACAGAAAUACAGACAUGUGGACAACAUCAUGUUUGAGAACCACACCAUCGCUGACCGGUUCCUGGACUUCUGGAGGAAGACAGGAAACCAGCGCAUGGGCUACCUAUAUGGCCGUUACACCGAGCACAAAGACAUCCCCCUGGGCAUCCGUGCCGAAGUCGCGGCCAUCUACGAACCUCCACAGAUUGGCACUCAGAACAGUCUGGAGCUGAUUGAAGAUCCCAAAGCUGGAAUAGUGGACGAGAUAGCCGCUAAACUGGGCCUUCGAAAGGUGGGGUGGAUCUUCACAGACCUCUUGUCAGAGGACACCAGAAUAGGCACAGUCCGCUACACAAGGAACAAAGACUCAUUCUUCCUGAGUGCAGAGGAAUGCAUCACGGCUGGACAUUUUCAAAACCAACACCCCAAUGCCUGCCGGCUGUCUCCCGACGGCCAUUUUGGCUCAAAGUUUGUCACUGUGGUAGCGACAGGCGGGCCUGAUAAUCAGGUACACUUUGAGGGCUAUCAGGUGUCCAAUCAGUGCAUGGCGCUGGUUCGGGAUGAAUGUCUGCUGCCCUGCAGAGAUGCCCCUGAGCUGGGCUAUGCCAAAGAGUCCUCCACGGAGCAGUAUGUCCCCGACGUCUUCUAUAAGGACAAGGAUAAGUUUGGGAAUGAUAUCACACAUUUAGCCCGACCGUUACCUGUGGAGUAUCUGAUCAUAGACAUCACUACCACUUUCCCCAAAGACCCAGUAUUCACCUUCUCUUCAGCUCUGCGCUUCCCUAUUGAGAACAGAGAUGUGCUGGGAGAGACACAGGACUUCCACAGUUUAGCCACGUACCUCUCGCAGUGUUCCUCCUCAGCGUUCCUGGACAUCGUCUCAGAUUUCCAUCUGCUCCUCUUCCUGGUCACUAAUGAGGUCAUGCCCCUGCGUGACAGCAUCGGCCUGCUGCUGGACGCCGUGAAGACUUCUAACGAAGACCUGGCUCAGACCUGGAAGAAGUCGGAGCAGUGGGCCACCAUCGAGCAGCUCUGUAGCACGGUGGGAGGUCAGCCCCCAGGUUCUCUGGACUACGCCAUGGGCGGCCCGUCUAUCCCGCCGUCUUCCUCGGCCAUGUGGUCGUGCCUUCACUGUACCUUCAUGAACCAGCCGGGUACCGAGCACUGCGAGAUGUGUAGCCUGCCUCGCAGUUAAGCCCCGCCCAACUCCGCCUCAUCGCCGCACCGGGACCCGCAGCGAGAAUGGGUGUGACUUUCUCUUUCCCCGCCCUUCCACACCACAAGCCCCGCCCCAUCUCCCUGCUCACGGACUGCCUCGGGUCAGAAAGCUGCCGGGCACGCUCCGCUCCGCCCCAAAUCCGAAUGAUGAGAGCAGUGUCACCGUGCAGAAAGAUCAAGACAAUGAUCGUGUCGACCCCCUCUCUGCAGCGGGACCCUUUGGCGUGCUGGGAUAGAUUCCUUUGUUUUUUUUUUGUUUUUUUUUUUGGUAUAGCACUUGGGCAAGGCCUCUCCCUCUUCCCCUUUCCUCCGCCUACUCCUCCUCCUCGUCCACAGCCCAAAUUGAGCCUUGGUGGCACGUCACUUGUGAUGCUGGCGAGACUCAAAAGAGUUUUGGACGUCCUGUUAAAGUUGAUCUCGUCUGAGUCCAAGCCCUCCCCCAUCACAGCCUUGAGAUGUGUCAUGUAUAUAAUAUGCAGAUAAGCAAUGAUACUGUUAUUUAAUUUCAAAUGAGGCAAUUUUUUUUGAAUAAUAGCUUAUGUAUAUUGAGAGAAUUCAAUCAAACCCAUUUUUUUGCAGCAGCAGAUUCUGAAUGGAAAUUCCCACAGGUUGGAUGUUCCCAGCUAGCACACAUGCACUCACACAUCGCUCCACUUGGCGCUCCAUCGUUACUGUGUUCCUUAAGGGAAAAAAAUCUGCUUCUCUGGGGAAAGAAUGUCAAGCUUGCUUAAGGUCCUGUGCUGUCCUGUAGGCAAAGUAACCAACAGCCAUGGCUUCCCAAUCCAGUUCUCUUCACUUUGCUUCUUUUUCCAUAGUAAUGUCUGGAGCUGCUUUCGAUUUUUUAGACUUUGGCUUGGUUUUGAGUCCAAAAAAAGAUCUGGCUUUGGAUCCAGAAAGGUAGGGCUGUUUGUCCAGUCUUGAGUUUUGUUCUCGUGUUUGGUGUGGUCUCACUUCACCUCUGUGUACUGGUAUUUGAUCAAGUUAUGCUGCCUUCUUUCUGUGCUCUUUUUGGCCUAAAUCAGCCAUUGAAAAGCUGCAGUAUUUCACCUAAUCCUCCUGCCCCCCCCUUCACUCUCUCUCUCUCUCUCUCUCACUCAGAAACACAUACUCAUACACCUCGCUAUCAUCUCCCUUUCAUUAUCUUUCUCUCUCUCUCUCUCUCUCUCUUUGGCGCCAGGCCAGGGGAGGGGAGCAUGGAGAAUGUAGUUUCCACACUUUGGCCCCUGAGGAGGCCAUAUCAUUACACCUUCAAAGCCUUUAGUCAGGAACCACUCAGACAUGUCUCCUCCCCCUUCUGCCCAAUGUGGCCAGCACCUGAUACACACACAGACAGACAGAGAGAACCAGACUGGAAGAUGGAAAACAGCAUUUAUUUGAAGUCUGUUUGGCUUCUCGUUUACCCAACAAGUUCCACCUGGAAUCAUCUGUUGAGGUGCCGUAAUACAGACACCUACACACUUUUCCUUCUUUUGUAGACACGAGCUCCCUUCACUGUUAAAAGUACAAAUAUCAACUAUGGAAAACUGCCACUAGUGUCUGCUGUUGGCUUUUACAGCACGGCCCUUCCUGAUAUACACCUGUGAAGCAAUAGCUGUCUAUGUAAAACGACAGCAUCAGAUACCUGGGCAUAUUGCUAUUGGGGCAGGUGCGGAGAACAGUCACUUUUUUCCCUUUACUUUUGGAAGUGAAGUGUUCCAUAGGCUUUUGGAAGUGAAGUGUUCCAUAGGCUUUUGGAAGUGAAGUGUUCCAUAGGCUUUUGGAAGUGAAGUGCUCCAUAGGCUUGCGGUGUAGUCUGGUUCGGAUGUGGCUGAGCUUGGUUCCAUUUAAAGAAGACAAUCCUGUGAGAACCCGUAAACAUGCACUGUCCUUUUUCACCACAGUCCUCUCUCUUUUCUCCCUCAGUCGGGAAACGCUUUAGUGUGCACUUAACUGAAGAAGCAUUUCCAGUAGCUCCAGGUCCUUUAUGAAUUAAGUUUCUCUGUUAGAUCAUUUGUGGACAGCUUGUGCAUUUCUUAGCAUAGACUGUCACAGCUUGCAAAGUACUUCAUAUGAACUAUGCCUAUGAAGUUUUAUCAUUCUGAGAUCAACUCACACUGGUUUAAUUUUUACGACUCCCAAUUGAAAACAAUUCUUCCACACCCAGAGCCUUGCUGAAGGUGUCACACUCUCUCUCUCUCUCUCUCUCACUCUCUCUCUCUCUCCUCCGACAGCUGAAGGACACCCUGAAAGUUGUGUGUUAUAGAUUUGGGUUUGGAGUUUCAAAUACAGAAGUAACAGUAAUAAAAAUCCUUUGAAAGCC